GGUCCGAUCCAUCUCAGGCACCGGGGCACCCCGGAGGUCUGCAGCCCCGCCGGGGCCGCCGGCUGCUGGGGCGGAGAGCCGGGAAUGACCGGGAAAGGGCUCUAGGGCGGGGAGACGAUGAGAUCUCACGUAAAGCAGUAUGCAAAAUACAAAUCUUUGGGCACAGCCUUCCUGACUUGUCGAACUCAGAACCCGGGUUCUGUGCUGUCUGGAGCAGUAGAAAACCAGCUGAAGAUCUGCGGCUUUAAGAGCAAUGGGGAUGUUAUAGGAUUGUAUCUGGCUAGACAAGGACUAAGAAGUAUCCCAAGUCUCUCACAGUUUAAUAGGUUAAAGUAUUUGUGGCUUAACAACAAUAAGAUACAAGAUUUAAAUUUCUUGAUCAAAAACUAUUGCUUGACUGAACUCUACCUCAACAAUAAUGAACUGACAGAUAUAUCAGGUGCUCUGAAACACUUAUGUUCGUUACAGAUUCUGUUUCUUCACAACAACGAGUUAAAGAAACUUGGCAAAACAGUGAAGGAAUUGAAAGGAAUGAUAAGCUUGCAUACUCUAAACCUAUUCCAAAACCCUCUGGCAUAUGAUCCAGACUACCGGCUUUAUAUCAUAUACAUCCUUCCUUCAGUUCAGCUCCUUGACAGGAAGUUAGUUACACAAAGAGAAAGGGAAUCAGCAUUUCAUCUUUAUAACCCUGAAAGGUCUCUGCUCGUGCAGUCUAUAGCUUUUGGGAAGAGAGUAAAGACACCCCUGGGGACUCCAGUGGGGUCCAGAAGAUGCAUUCACCCAGCCAGAAGCCUGAUAAUGCCCUCAGAGAGAGUGGCAUCGUUUUCUGUGAAAGAAAAAAAGCCUGGAAAUGUAUGUCUAUGGGGAAUAAGAGAACUACAUAAACUUAAAAAAAUUCUGACAAGUUGUGAAUUUGGAGAUAACACAAAUAAAGUACCAUUUGAGAACCCCGAAGAUGCAGUUUUAGUACGGGCAAUGACAAGAUCUCUAACAGAAUUUUCCUCUGUGGACUGGAACAAGGUAGCUACCUGUCAAGAAAGACGUCUUCAAAAUAAAGCAGAAGAACCCCUUGAGAAGCUGACAGUCCAAUUUAGAUGAGUCCUUUCUUCCUUAAGAAAAAAACAAUUCCUCUCUCUAGUGUGGAGCCCCAUAAGUAACAACUAUAUGACAACAUGCAUCAAAUUAAAUGAAUUUCCAGAAAAAAACUGUGUAAUAUAAUGAUGAAUUAAGAUAACAAAUGAUAAAUGUCAAUGAUACAAUAAAAGUUGCUUGAAAUGCAA